AUGGUUUUUGAGACUCCUCUACUCAGGGUCAGCCGUCCUGUCGCCGCAUGCUCGCGAUGCAGGUCCGCUAAGAUCAAAUGUGAUGGUAAACUUCCGGCAUGCACUGCUUGCGAGAGGUCCGGAAAGCAAGCAGAAUGCUCAAGCACCAAUGAUCAAUUUGCCAGAGGUAAAGAGCGAAGCUACGUCUCUACCUUGGAAACGAGGAUAGAGAAGCUUGAGCGUAGACUGCAAGAGUCUCACCAGAGAAAAGCCUCAGUCGUGACCGCUCACGAGCACAACAAUUACGAAGGCGCAGUACAGAGACAUGCAUCGUCCGAAGGAGGCAACAAAGCCUCAAAGAGGCAUGAAGCCCAAGAAAUUGAUGACUUAGUCUCCGACUUUGGCUACUUGACCGUAAAUGCUACCGCGCGAGAUUUCUACGGAUUCACGUCAAGCAUGUCUUAUGCUCGUAUGGUCCUUUCUGCUUGCACCAAGGACUCUCUACCCACUGGAUUUGUUACACCUCUGCCACCGCGAAACGAGGCCAUGAUCACUAUCAGACACUACUUUGAGAACUUCUUUGUGAUGUACCCCUUUUUUGAGGAGUCGAGUUUCUACGCGUCUAUCGAUGCUGUGUAUCGGGCUGAGGAAUCAAAGGGCUUCAUAGCAUCACCGUUCGACGAAUUUUCCGUCCGGUUGGUUCUCGCGAUUGCACACGCCGGCCGAAUGCAACAGCGAGGUGACGGAAACUAUAUGGCAGCCAUCGGCCAUGUUUCCGCCGCGUUGGCCCACGCUGAACAUGUUCUUCGUCCAGGGUCAAUCGCGAGCGUACAAGCCAUGCUACUCUUACACGAAUAUUCCAUGAUUGAUCCUCAUCAUUUCGACAGCUGGGGACUGAUAGGCGCAGCCUCCCGCGCUAUGGUCGAUCUGGGUCUCCACCAAGACCCACCUAGGAGCGCUUCCAUCUCGAAAGCGAAGCUAGAGCUGCGCAGAAGGGUUUUCUGGUGCGUCUAUGGUUUCGACAGAUCGACAAGUCUGAUACAGUCCCGAGCUUUCUCGUUUUCGGACGAUUCUGCCAAUGUGGCCCUUCCAUUCUCUACAACACAAACGCUAGGUCGACCAGAGACCAGAGACGAUUCAAACCAUAUUCUGUUCAAUAGCUUCGGGUCAGCAACUGACCUUUUCAACCUGAGAAGGAUCCAAUCCGAUUGGUAUACCGAACUGUUUCAGUCGGGCCGGAUACCAUUGUCAGAUCCCUAUCCCACGAUAUGGCGCUCCUGCGAGGCGAUGAAAAGCUGGUUCGAUGGGCUGUCGCCCAAUAUGAGCCCGCAAGUUCGUACGUUCUUUGAACUCAACUUGCUGUACUCAUAUAUCUAUAUCCUCGCAGCGUCACCACGAAUGCCUUUCGUUGCACCGUUCGCACAGAGUCUCAUCUUUGAGCAUUGCAUUCAAUACGCCGAAAAGAUGACGUCUCACGCAAAUGAACGUGUCAAGACUGCCCCUUUGAGCUUCUUUGACGCUAUGCGAGUCUACAUGACCGGUCGUCAAUUCCUCGAAGUCCUGCAAGGCAACGAAGAUCGACUGCUGUCAGGCAUAAUUCCAGAUCCACCACACGUUCCUGUGGACUCCGCACCUCCACCAACAGCACCUCAUACACCAAGAGACUUUCAGAAGAAUCUCGUGCGGAGCAUUACUUGCAUAAAACGGCUUACGGAUUGCCUUGGCUUGUUCGGAUUGAGAUGGGGGUACAUGAGCUGGCGUGAUCGAUUCCAACGCGACUCGGAAUCUCUUCUCUCGUCGCUGAAUCAGCGCGUGUGGAAAAGACAGGAUUCAUCAAACAACACCACUCGUCCUGCUUGGAACUUCCCUGAGCCCAUCGGCUCUCUUUCAGAGGCCGUCGCGCCGCCCGGUCCGCAUCAGCACCUGCAACCUUUAAUUACCCCAACAUAUCCUCCCGAGUUUCAGCAAAGUACCGCGUUCUAUCAAUCACAGUACAACAACUCCGCACCUCAGACCGAUCACCAGUAUCCAGCGUGGCAUGGAUUCGCUUCUGAAGCUCUGGGACCAAUUGGCGAUCAAUCAGAACAGCCCAGCAUGUCGCACACGCGUUCAUACUAG